AUGUUUAAGUCAAAUUCAGUAAGUUCGAAUACCGGGGAAAUUUUCGAAAUUGAGCAAUGUCUAUUCCCAAUACCGGAAGAAUUUUUCCUCAAAGGUGACUCAAUCUCGGAAGAGGAAUGCAUUUCAAUCAGCAUUAGUGAAUCGUUGAAAAUUCCAAACCUGCCGCCGUACACUUCACGGGAAAGUAUACUGGAUCAUGCAAAACUACCACAAAUCCUCGAUAAGCUAUGCUUCAACGAGAUGUUAUUGAUUAGUACGGACAACGAUGAAAUAGUUGGCGGUUUUGCCAUUCACGUUGAAACCAUCGCGGACGAAGUAAUUGCCGUGUUUUGCAGUUCGCAUUUCUCUAUAGACAAAAAUGAGAAAAUAGCGCGCAGCGAAUUGCUGGCUUUGGCUGACAAACAGCUUAAUCCGUACCAGGAACGGAAGUGUGAAACCAUUUUAACCGGUGAUAUUAAACAGGAAAAGCAACUACAACUGUAUUUUGACGAGAAUCAAAAUAUUACCGCAUUUCGGCAUGAAACAAUAGCCAACGAGGCGGAGAGUUUUCAAGGAGUACUCACUGCCGGCGAAGAAGGUUUUCUGUUACCAGAUGGUUUGAACAUUAUCUACAUGCGGUAUCUCAUGCUGAUCAAUUUCACCGGAGAUAUCCAUACACGCACAAUAGAUAUCCAAGGUUGUAUAGGCCAUUCGAUAUACCAAAUUACUCCUUGUAUUCCAACGAAAAUCAAUGGUGAAAUUCACGAUACCAAACAGGUGAUUAGAACAGUCUACUAUGCGGAUACAGAUGAACCGGAAAUAAGUGUCAGUUAUUAUCUGACUACUGGUCAUUUGCUGCGACACACGUGGAAUAAUUCAAGCUAUUCGAUAAUCAUAAAUCCAAAGCUUAGCAUUUCAAAUUUACCGCUUGAUAUGAAUGACCUCCAUAAUUCCAUGCAAACAUAUUUAAAAGAACUAUCGAAGCUUUUGGAAGUUUCCCCGAGUGAAAAAAGCAGAUGCUACAGUUUGUUGAAAAAACCAACGGAAAUCGUACGAGCAGUACUUUCAGAGAUUAUAGCAGAAGCAACACAAAACACAGCCACCAGACGUUUAUCUAUUCGCAGGCAGCAGUCAUCCGACGCGAUCAGAAAUCUUCUUGAGGAUAUCAUAGAUAAAAUAUCUAUUCUUUGA